UCCCUCCAGAGUUACCAUUCCUCAUUGGCUCACUCAAAUCCUGAGGAUGUGACAUCUACACACUUUAGAGAUCACUGAUCACAAGAUUAGGUCAGAGUUUAGAUUGUGCUAGAAGUUUUCCAAUGACUCCUAAGUCUGUGCCAGGCUGUGGCCUUGACUUUCCAUUCAGCAAAGAUCCUCAGACUUCAGCUGGUUCUCUUUCAUCCAGAAAAAAUUCAGCCAAGAUCAACUAGAGCCUCAACAAACUGCAUCAGGACACUUUUAUUCAAACAGACAAUACAUGCAACAAAUGGUGAUGAGCCUGCGGGUGUCAGAGCUGCAGGUUCUUCUGGGCUACGCAGGCAGAAACAAACAUGGACGAAAGCACGAGCUCCUGACUAAAGCCUUACACCUCCUUAAAGCCGGCUGCAGCCCUGCCGUCCAGAUGAAGAUCAAGGAGCUCUACAGACGACGCUUUCCCACCAAGCUGGUGUCCCCAACAGAGUUGGCCCUGCCUGGAGUCCACCCCACCGCUGCCUCUUUGCCCCCUGGCCUCACACAGUUGGGAUUUGAUGGGCACAGAGCGCCCCCAUCCCCUCUGCUCCCAAUCUCCCUUCUCGGGCCCAAACACGAGCUGGGACUGCCCCGCCUCCCCACGAACCUGCAUCCCGUACACCCUGAUGUCAAACUUCAACGGCUUCCAUUCUAUGAUGUACUGGAUGAGCUCAUUAAACCUACGAGUCUUGCUUCAGAUAACAGCCAGAGGUUUCAGGAAACAUGUUUUGCAUUUGCAUUGACGCCACAGCAAGUCCAGCAAGUCAGCAGCUCAAUGGACAUAUCGGGGACCAAAUGUGACUUUAUGGUGCAAGUACAGUUACGGUUUUGUCUAUCAGAGACCAGCUGCCCUCAGGAGGACCACUUCCCCCCUAAUCUUUGUGUUAAAGUCAACGGGAAACCGUGUAAUCUCCCAGGAUAUCUGCCUCCUACCAAAAAUGGUGUGGAACCAAAGAGGCCCAGCAGACCCAUCAACAUUACCUCAUUGGUCAAACUGUCCACAACUGUCCCUAACACCAUCGUAGUGUCCUGGACCUCAGAAAUUGGACGGAGUUACUCUAUGGCGGUGUACCUGGUCAAACAGCUGUCAUCUACAAUGCUAUUGCAGAGGCUGCGGGCUAAAGGCAUCAGAAACCCAGAUCACUCCAGAGCACUCAUAAAGGAAAAGUUAACAGCAGACCCUGACAGUGAAAUAGCAACCACCAGCCUAAGAGUUUCAUUAUUGUGUCCGCUGGGGAAGAUGCGGCUAAUGAUUCCGUGUCGGGCGUUGACGUGUUCACACCUGCAGUGUUUUGAUGCUACGCUCUACAUCCAGAUGAAUGAAAAGAAGCCCACAUGGGUGUGUCCUGUAUGUGACAAAAAAGCACCCUAUGAACAUCUCAUCAUUGACGGGUUGUUUAUGGAGAUUCUGAACAGCUGUUUAGAUUGUGAUGAAAUCCAGUUCAAAGAAGAUGGUAGCUGGGCCCCCAUGAGGUCGAAAAAGGAAGUGCAAGAGGUGUCAGCUUCAUACAAUGGCAUUGGUGGUGGAUGUCGUACGACGGUGUUGGAACAGAACUCUCAAACAAAUGGCAACAGUGGAGGAAACGGCAAAAAAGUGGAAGUGAUUGAUUUGACUCUUGACAGCUCGUCUGAAGAAGAGGAAGAUGAAGAACCCCCUCAGAAGAAAAGCUGCCCCUCGCUAUCUAGCAUCUCUCCUCAGAUGGAUAAUGGGGUACUACAUCUCCACAGACAAGCAUCUCCUGUGAGUCGAACACCCAGCAUGCCUCAGGUGGACACCAGUUACAUUCCCCCACCUCCUCCCCUCAUUCAGGACUACCGCCACUACUACUCUACACCCACUGACCUGUCAGAUCUCAGCUUCUUUCCUUAUUUACAAGGAGAGAAUCAUCAGCACUACAACAUGGUGAUGGCAGCAGCUGCAUCAGCAUCUGAAGAUCACGACCUCCUCCUGAGUCGCUUUCUCCCAUACGGCUCGUCUCAGCUCUUCCUGGACCCUCCCUCUACCCCCGUAAGCAACAGCCUCCCUCCCAUUAACAUCAACGGCAGCAGCACCGGCAGCAGUCUGGUGUCAUCCAGCAGCCUACGGGAAAGUCUGGGACAUCCAAACGCCCCCCGCCCCGCCUCUGAAUCAGCCCCCACGUCUGCCAUCUACGGUCCCAUUCCAGACGUCAUCUCAUUAGACUGACCCAGGGCCGAACCCUUACACAGGAAACUGACUGAAGAGACUUUCAAACAUUGGGAAGAAAAGGGGACAUACAAGAUGACUGAAGGGUGUUUUUGUAAACGAUGAUAAUCGUUGCCGUGUACAGAGAAUAAAUAUAUUUUUUGUUUUACUUUUGUAUAUACACCUAUCUAAUGUAUAUGUAAACUUGAACGUUUUUUUCCCCCGGCUUGCUAAAAUUACUUUGGGUUUUAUCUCACUUUUUAUAUCCUUUACCCAUAAAAAACUGUAGUAGUCUGUAUUUUCCAUAGGGCACAAUGGCUGCGUUCAGACUGUCAGUGGGACCCUUGGUUCUUUUCUCUUCCUACCAAAACCUCUUCCUACCUUUUUAUUUGUCUUUGUCAGUCCAUACCAUAUCCCCUAAACAUGCAGGAUUAUUUUAUAUAAUGCUUUUAAGGGAUAGUUCAGCCAAAAAUGAACAUUCUGUCAUCAUUUACAUACCCUCAUAUCGCUCCAAACCUGUAUGAGUUUCUUUCCCUUGUGGAAUACAAAAAUAUAUUUUCUUUCCUCUUUUUGUUGCACAGAUCAAAUUUGGCACACGAGAGUAAAUGACGACUAAAUCUUUAUUUUUUGAUGAACGCUCCCUUUUAUUUUUAAUGGGCUGUUGAGAAGCAUUCCUUCACAUUCAGGUUAACAACUGGAAGUAAUCGCAUUGUUACAGACUGCCAAUAUCUGACCUCAUGAUUCUUAAGGGAAAUGUAAUUCAUGACUGUUUUUAAAAAUUAAUUCUCUAACAAUUCUGCAUCCAUUUUUCUUCUUGCUCAAUGCCAAAAGAACACUGUUUAGUGUUGAAGUUUCGAGAGUGAGAGCUUGCGAGUUCAGUGAACUUAAAUGUACACCUUGUAUGGAAAGUAAGGAUUUACUCUCUUUUAUUUCCUCCUCCUUUCCAUCCCUCUCUUCUCGAAUUGUUCAGAAGGAAUGAUUUGUUGGGAGGUUUGACAGUGGCGUAGAUGAUGAGGUUACGAUGUCCUUGGUGUUGGCAUGUAAUUGCUCAUAGACGUUUGAUGACUUCGGUGUCUGUUCAGUUGACUCUUAGGUCAUCUGUGUUUGGUACUGUGCAGGAAACCUAAAGCCACUCAUCAUUUCUUCUGUUUUGUCAUGUGUGCCUUGUGUGAGUGUGUUUUCCUGUGAAAGACUGGACCUGUUGUUUCUUGUACUUCAGUUAGCCUGUAUUAAGCUGCUCUUCACGCUGACUAUCAGUUACAGAAACACAAGCCUAUUGAGUUAACAUUUGGACGUUCUUUCAAGUGCUGCUUGGGAUUAACAUAGGAUAUUCAUUGCAAAGGUUUUUUGGUAGCACUUUAUUUUACAGUCCUGUUCCUUAUGUACAUACUAUGUACUUAUUAUAGUAAUUACAAUAACUAUGUAAUAACUAGGUACUAACCCUGAACCUACCCCUAAACCUAACCCUACCCCAUGUAGUUACCUUGUGUUACCAGAACUUUCAUAGAUAAAUACACUGUAAGUACACUAUAAGUACAUGUUAGUACACGUACUGUAAAAUAAAGUGCAACCGUUUUUUUUGCUAAACUAAAUUGAAGAAAAUUAGAACAGAAGAUUGGGGGAAAAAAGAAAAUACAGUAUGUUGGAAAUGGAAAUGUGUGUGUGUGUGUGUGUGUGUGUUUGCUUGUGUGGCUCUCAGUGUGUUGACCAGAUCUUUCAAAGCCUAAUUGGGUUUGGGACUGGGGUAAUUGCGUGUGACCGGAUCUAGCUAUCUCGUUUUGUGUUGUUUGAUAGACUGAUGAGUCUCACUCUGUUUCCUUUGACCUCUAAACCUCCUUUUAACCUACAUUUCUUCUGAGAGUAUUAGAUGUUUAUCAGUUGAUUUGUUUCUUGGCUCUAGAUUGGUUUGAAAUGUAACCGCUUAAGUAGUUAAUGAGAUCAAAGUAAUGGAGACAAAAAUACAUGUGCUGUUAUGGCAAAAUCCUUAAUACCAAAUUGAGUACUUGUUAGAUCUCUAGCAGUGUUAAUGAUAGACUCUUUAUUUUAACAGGUCAAUGUGUCUGUCUCAUGCUUUAUGUAUUUGUUACCUGGGAUAUACAAGCAAGGUUCAAUGACAAACACAAUACAAGUUUUCAUUAAUUUGUUGAUUUUUUUUGUUCCAUGAUUGAUAAAGGGAUAAGUUGUGUAAGUUUGAAUGUGUGUAUGAAAGCGUGUGCAUGUUUUUGUUCUUGAUGUAAGGCAAACAUUGUGCAGACUUGGAUGUCCCAGUGAUGUGCAUUCAUGUGUUAAAGCUGGAUCCGCAAUGUCACAAAAAACGAAUUUAUAUAUUUUAGAUGCAGAACUGUUUUAUGAGUGGACUUGGUGUCAAAGUCCAAGUUUAUUUUAUUUUCCAUUUCAGUAAGCUGACAUCUCUGCUCACUGCCUUAAAUUUCAUCCACUCUGCGUCUCUGUGGCAUGUUUUAUGGAGAAAAAAAAAGGAUUUUUAAGACAUGGAAGACAUAUUGUAUAGUAGACCAAUGUCAGUUUGUAUAAAAUACUAAGUGGAAAAAAAUAUUUAUUACAUGCAUUGAAAGAAAUUGUUUACCUAUUGAAUGUUACAUGUUUAUGUAGAGACAUUUAGAUGUAAUAAAAUGCAUUGAGUUAACUUU